AUUCUCCACCACUUUAAACUAACCAACCGUCCACCUUAUCGUCGUUAGCAUCAUGGGUGAGUUUUUUUGUUGUUGUUUUUUGUUAUUUUGGGAAUGAGGGUGAAUUGGCGCUACACCAAUUAUGGAAACAUUGUUUAAAAAGUGAGCAUCAAUGUCUGUAUAAAGAAAUAUUAUUUUUAUCUUUUGUUUUGGGGUCUAAACUGUGCUUUUUGUGUCUUUUUGUGUUUCAACCAAAAGAUUGUAUUAGCAGUUUCAAAAAACCGGUAAAGUAUAUGAGAUAAUCUCCUACGACUCAGCCUCCUAUAAAUCAAUGAAUGCUUGUUUGAUAAUGAAGCCAAUGAAAAUCAUAUGAACAAAAUUGAAUUCCUAAUUAUGCAAAAAUCCAUUUUAUUUGCAGGCACUUGCCGAGAUGUUCAUUAUUCUAUUUCAACAGGAUUGCCUCACCGUCUCAUAGCUUCGGAACUGUGUGUGAGAUUGUGUCAGCGAUAAACUUCGGAUUUGACCGCCUGACUUCCACCCAGAACGUCAAACACAUUUCAACAAGUUCUGAGGGUUCACGCAGUGUGAGAGUCACGAUCACCCCAUCCAUAUGUUGAACUCAUUGUGCAUUGUGAGCCGUGCGACCCUGCUCAGUAUGAACAGCUGACGUUACAGAUACCACGGUCUCUGACUAUAUAAAGAGUGCUUGAUGAGAAGGUGAUACCAACUCUGCCACUAACCUUUAGGCUCUCGGGAUGAACACCCUCAAUACUUUGCUUCUCUUGGCUUUAAGCCUCUCUGUUGCUCAAUCCCUGAAUUACAAGGCUCUCAGCCAGUUCAGAAAAAUGAUCCUGUGCGUGAUGCCUGAUAGCUGGCCCGUCUUUGACUACGCCGACUAUGGCUGCUACUGUGGAAGGGGUGGCUCGGGCACACCUGUUGAUGAGCUGGAUAGGUGCUGCUACGUGCAUGACCAGUGUUACACUGACGCUAUGCAGCAUCCCAACUGUUGGCCCAUCUUUGACAACCCUUACAUAGAGUACUAUCACUACAGCUGUGAUGAGGACAAGAGGAAGGUCACGUGUAGCAACAAAAACGACGAAUGUGAGAUGUUCAUCUGUGAGUGUGACAGAAAGGCCGCAGAAUGUUUUGCCCGGUCGCCAUGGAACCCUGAGCAUGAGCACCUGCCCAGCCACAUGUGCAAGUGAAGACUUGAGCAAGCCUGAACAAACCGAUGUCUCCACAUGGCUCAACCGUACAAUGCGCUGCAGUUCGACUGGAAUAUUUGGAACGGUACAUUGCUAAUCAGUAAGCAUCAGUUAUGAUGAUGUGCUGUAUUGUUUAUAUAACAACCAUCUCCUCAAUUCAAAUCUUUCCAUUAAAACUGAUGUCCUACAUGAUUAUAAAUGACAUUGAUGGCAUUUAUUUAACAGUUGUCUUUCAAAAUUGUGUUGAAAAUCAUCAGAUGAGAAAGAUUUACUUAUUUCAUCUAUGUACUGCCUUUAUUUGCAUUUUGGAAAGAUAUAUUUUGAGUUGAAGUUAAUUGAUCUCUCAAAAAGACAACAUUUAUUUUGAUAUUAUUGGCAAGUGAAAGAAUCAUAAACGAAUAACUUUUUCAAUGUCAUUAAAUCAACUACAAUGGCUUUAAAGUGGGUUUUUAAUCAUGGUUAUAAUUUGGACAAAAUUUUGAAUUUUGCAACUCAGCCGUACUCCCUCCACUACAAAUUAGAAUAAUAGAUAUGCAAUACCUGUGUCGUAAUCCAAAUUUGGCAUAACUGUCCAACAAAGAAGAGGGCGAGAUAUUGGAUUUUUUUUCCAUCUUUAAGUUAUAUUCUAUAACUUCCACAUGUGCGUCACCCACGUGUAAAAAAAACCAAAAUAAAACAAAAAACAAGCCACUGCCUGCUUUAUUUAUGCAAGGAAGACAAAGAAGUCCAACAGACGGGUGAGAAAGCACGAUCCCAGCGGAAGAACUAAGGAGAGAUCACUGUGGCUGCUGCACUCCACCCAUGCGUGUACCAACAGGCCUACAAUUUUUUUUCUAAAAAUGAAAUGCUAGUCCCAAUUCCAGCAAUGCAGCACAGACUCCGAAGGGGAAAAUGUACAUAUAUGUACAUAGACUAUAAUUUUAGUAUACUAGUGAUCGAGUUAGGGGUGCAUAUCCAGUAUGUGUCACAUCACCUUUGUACCCUAACACUUGUUCACUUACAGUAUGAGCAUACCUCUAUUUUUUUCUUAAAUGUGUUUAUUCUGACCUGUAUUCUAAAUUGCUUCCAAUAUGUACGUACAAUCCGUAAAGAAACUUUGUAAUUACCCCUGUUGGAUAGAUUAUUGUAAAUUGUUCAGUGGCUUGUCCCAUUAUGGUCGCCACAUAACGUUUUAAAUUAAGCAGUCAGGAUAGAAGAAAAACUUUCUCAGUUGCUCACUGCAGUUUUAAGGAGUGCCUGCAACAAGCUCACCCAUGCAGAAGUUCUGUGCCACAUUGCCCAGAGCUUCCUUUGGUUACCUGACUUAUCCUGCCAAGAAUGUCUGAUGCGUCACGUGAAACAGACACCAAGAAAAUGCGUCUCAACGACCUUGCAUCUUCGUUUGCGUGAAAGAUCAUCACGUGCACAUCGGCAGUCAUUUUCUGUUCUGUGGUGGGAGGAAAUGAUUUGCUACAUGUAUGUACAUGUAUUUAUGAGUUUCUUUGAAAGAAGGUCAUUGUAUUUUGACACUUUAUGUAUACUGUACAUGUACCUUUGUCUCACACAAGUCUCAUGUUGUCCCUUUCCCAGGAGGGCCCCUUUAAUC